GAUUGGCGGAGCGCGAGGAGAGAAUGUGACAAGUGCCGGCUCGGCGGCCGCCGGGGGAGGCCGCGCGCACCUGUCCCUGCCCGUCUCGCGCCGCCCGCGGCCGCUCGGACGCGCGCAGAGCCGCCCCCCGCCGCCGCCGCCGCGUGCGCCCGCGAACAUGACUUCUGCCUUCAAGCUGGAUUUCCUCCCGGACAUGAUGGUCGAGAGCCGCCUGCUCGUUCCUGACAGAAUUAACGGCACAGCCAACAAGAUGAACGGAGCUUUGGAUCACUCAGACCAACCAGACCCAGAUGCCAUUAAGAUGUUUGUCGGACAGAUCCCCCGGUCGUGGUCGGAAAAGGAGCUGAAAGAACUUUUUGAGCCUUACGGAGCCGUCUACCAGAUCAACGUCCUCCGGGAUCGGAGUCAGAACCCUCCGCAGAGUAAAGGUUGUUGUUUCGUAACAUUUUAUACAAGAAAAGCUGCACUUGAGGCCCAGAAUGCACUGCACAAUAUUAAAACUUUACCUGGGAUGCAUCAUCCCAUUCAGAUGAAACCUGCAGAUAGUGAAAAGUCAAACGCUGUGGAAGAUAGAAAAUUGUUCAUAGGAAUGGUUUCGAAGAAAUGUAAUGAAAACGACAUCAGGGUGAUGUUCUCUCCAUUUGGCCAGAUAGAAGAAUGCCGGAUCCUCCGGGGACCCGAUGGGCUGAGUCGAGGCUGUGCGUUUGUCACAUUUUCUACAAGGGCAAUGGCACAGAAUGCAAUCAAAGCCAUGCAUCAGUCUCAGACCAUGGAGGGCUGCUCUUCACCUAUCGUGGUGAAGUUUGCUGACACUCAGAAGGACAAAGAGCAAAGGCGCCUCCAGCAGCAGCUCGCUCAGCAGAUGCAGCAGCUCAACACUGCCACCUGGGGGAACCUGACGGGGCUGGGCGGACUGACCCCGCAGUAUCUGGCGCUCCUGCAGCAGGCCACCUCCUCCAGCAACCUGGGUGCGUUCAGCGGCAUUCAACAGAUGGCAGGCAUGAAUGCUUUACAGUUGCAGAACCUGGCGACGCUGGCUGCUGCUGCAGCUGCGGCCCAGACCUCAGCCACCAGCACCAAUGCAAACCCUCUCUCUACCACGAGCAGCGCCCUGGGAGCCCUCACGAGUCCUGUGGCUGCUUCAACCCCAAACUCCACUGCUGGUGCAGCCAUGAACUCCUUGACCUCUCUUGGGACUCUGCAAGGACUGGCUGGAGCCACUGUUGGACUGAAUAAUAUUAAUGCACUAGCAGUUGCUCAAAUGCUCUCAGGUAUGGCGGCUCUGAAUGGAGGACUUGGCGCCACAGGCUUGACGAAUGGCACGGCUGGCACCAUGGACGCCCUCACCCAGGCCUACUCAGGAAUUCAGCAGUACGCAGCCGCCGCGCUGCCCACUCUGUACAGCCAGAGCCUGCUGCAGCAGCAGAGCGCUGCGGGCAGCCAGAAGGAAGGUCCAGAGGGGGCAAACCUCUUUAUUUACCACCUUCCACAGGAAUUUGGAGACCAGGACAUUCUGCAGAUGUUCAUGCCUUUUGGAAAUGUUAUCUCUGCUAAAGUCUUCAUUGACAAACAGACCAAUCUGAGCAAGUGCUUUGGUUUUGUUAGCUACGACAAUCCAGUCUCUGCACAAGCUGCUAUCCAGGCUAUGAAUGGCUUUCAGAUCGGCAUGAAACGCUUGAAGGUGCAGCUGAAGCGUUCCAAAAACGACAGCAAACCUUACUGAUCAUAACCCCAGAGGCUCCCUGCUCUCAUUUUAGCUUUCUUAGGACAUCUUCAUGCCCGUUAGUUCAUCGUUUGCCUAGCAUGUCCCUGUGGCGUCUCAAAAAAAAGUUUCAUCGUCCCGUCAUUGUUUCUGAUGUCUUUCUGACCUCACAUCAUAUUUGGUUCUCCUACUGACCUUUGAUCUAGUUUGACCUUUGAAAUUUGCAUGUGACCUCAUCUAGCUAUGAAUUCUGGGAAGUCAAUGUGAAAAACAUUGCUGCAUUCAUGCAAGACUGAAAUUUAUUAUUAGACAAAUUCAUUAUAGAAAAAAAACCUGUGGCAAAAACGUUUCUUUCUUUUUUUUUCUUUUCCUAAAACAGACUUGAAAGUAUUAUACAGGGAUUGGCAUUCUUCCCGGUCACUGGUAACAAUAGCAAUAUGUGUCCAGGGACACAGAAUGUUGGUUUCUAACAGACUACUUCCAAAAACAGUUUGAGAAAAAAACUGUCUGAUUUUAAGUCUCUAGAGGUCUGUAAUAGUUUUUACAUUUUUCAGGCAGUGUAAAGUUUUUUGAUAAGGCCAUUUUAGGUGGCUCACUUUCUCAUUAAGAUAUAUAUAUAGAACCACUUUUUGUAGAUUAGUAUAAGAAAAAUAUUUACCCUGUUUUGGGGCAAAUGCUACCUAUUUGUGUCACCUUUUGCUGAACUCACAGUUAGACAAUCCAUGGUUUAAUGCACAUGAAAUUACCUAUAUUUUAUACUGUUUCAAUGUACAGGAGAAAGGUUACUGUAAACUGUGUUAUGUUGGUGCUUCUGUGAAUUAAGUUGUGGUUUCAUCAUGAGUCUUAAUGUUCUUUGUUGAUAAGACAAGUUUAGAAUUGGUUUACUUAAUACAAAAAAAAAAAGAAUUUCAAAAAAAAAAGUUGUUUGCUUAAAAAAAAUUUCAUGUGAGGGGAAAAAAAAAAAAAACCUAUUCCAGAAUAAGUUUUGUGUUGGCUUGUGAAGCAUUGAUGUCAUUUUUUUUAAUUGUGGACUAUUUAGAUGUGUUUGUGUUCAGCAAAAUGUGAUCUGUUUUUUUCUUUUAAAGAAAAAAAGUGAAAAUAUAUAGUGCCAAAUUCCAAAGGUACUUCCUUCCUAGAGCUUCAGUGUGUUUCUUGUGAGAAGUAAUUUGAUAACAUGGGUAUUUUAUUAUGUGUUUUGUAUAAAUCCCUAAUAUUUAAAAAAACAAAAAACAAAAAAAGGUUAAAAAGUUUGUUAACUUGCUAUCCUGUGGUCUUGUUGCCUGAAAUUGUUAUUGUUUGUUAUUUCUCUCUGAUGUUUUUUGUAAGACAUUGUAUAAGUGCCCAUGUCCCACUUUUUUAACCACUCCGCACAUCAGUGCUGUGAAGGCAACCUCACCAUGUAUUUUCUUCAUAAUCUAUGGAAACCUCUAAGGUGAGAAAGUUUUGAACUUUUAACCCUUUCUACCCAGAGCUAUCUGGAAUGUUGAUAACUUUUUAUACCGUCAUGAUUUGAGUUUGUUUUGGGGUGUUUCCAAUUUGGAUUUUUUUCCCCUGCAUCUAUCCUCUAAGUUGUUUCGGUUUGACUACUUUGUUCUUUGGUUAAGAUCCAUAAGAAAACAAUUCCACGAGGCCAAUCUAAAGGGAAAAAAUCCUACACUACUUUUGAUUAUUUCUCAUUUUGGGGAACAGAAUUCCUAAUGUGCUACUAGAAUUCCUUCUUCCGUUUUAACGAGUAAUUGGAUAAAGCCUGAGGGAAAACAGAGGUAGAUUCAGCACCUAACAAUCCUGUAUGCUUUUUAGUGCUAUGUCCUAGUCUAGAAUAUUUUCACAUACCUUGCAGUAAAACGACUUUGUGGCAGGACAGUCUUUUGAGGGGUUUUGUUUCUGUUUCUUAAAUACUCCUAAAUAAUAUUUCUAAUCAGCCAUUAGGCUGGGGCAUCUCCAACCCCAGUAGGUACCUCUGAAUAUACCAGGUGUCUGGAGUUAGAAGCCCAUAGCCCUUUCCCAGCCUUUUUGGUUUUUUUUAAUUGAACACAUUUAAAGGGGACUGACCAUCUAAGUAAAGCUCAGUUCUUUAUCACAAUGUACUGACCAAAUACCUAGCACCAGUUCCAAUACCUAGCACCAGUUCCUGCUGCCACUUUUUAAAGUGCCAUACAACUUUUUAUGAACAGGUACCUUGCUGUCUUGACAAAUCCUAAUGUCACGCCUACAGCCCCAAUACAAGCUCCAGCCUUCCUCUUCGGCAUGCCCUGGAAGCUUCUUGGCCUCAGCUCCCCUUCCCCGCUUAGCACCCUGUUAGGAUCAGUGUGUGUGGAUGGGAUAGCCCUGGGAUGGAAAGGACUAGCCUCUACUGAUGCAAAAAACAAAAAGCAACACAAACGUUUCCUUCUUAUAGCACAUGCACUUACAGUGACAUGAUUUGUAUUAUCCUCACAUGUGUUUACUACUGCUGGGGCCUUCCUUCAUCCUCUGAGGGCUAUUUUGUACUUCCUGCAGCAAUCAGCUUAAUAACAACCGUUAUUGCACCUGUCUCUCUCCGAGAACACAGUGUGUCUCGACACAUACAUGGAAACACAAGAGCCCGCCACUUGAAUUUCUAAGACCAUUUCAUCCUGAAACUCUUUAUCAAUUACCUAAAUCUCAAUGAAAAACAAUUCUGAUUUCUUUCCUGAAGCAGACUCCCCUCCCCAUUUCCCUCUCAACCCACCUGCAUGCAUCUCCCCCAGAGGAAACACUGAGCAGGGGACAGGAGGCUCAGGACGGGCCCUCUGAGUCGAGUGUUCCUUCUUCACAAGUCACCAAAAGAGAGGACAUAAGUGGGAAAGUCCUUUUUUGCCCUUCUCCAAAAAACAAACCUUUCACAGAGACAAACUGUCCUUCUAUCCACUUUAUCUUUUACUAUCAAAAGGAAAAAGCUGCAAGGGUGCAAAGGGCCUGUGCCAGAAGAAACACACAGGGAAACCGCUUUUUUAAAUCAAGUGUAGAGAAUAGUCAUUUUUAAUCUAAAUUAGAGAAUUGUGAUACAAUGGCAGUCCUCAAAGGCGUAACGAGUUCAUCUUUCUUUCACCAUAGGGGUUAUAGUUGGCUUGUGCUACUCUGGAAUCAUUUUACUGUUUGUUUUUAUUAUCUUAAGUGCUAAUUAAAAAAAAAAUAAAAUUUUAAAAAAACCUGUAGUUUCAUUACCUUUUUGAAUAAUGUCAUACAAAAAAUGUAUGUUUUUUUGUGCUGUGAGAACUGAUGUUUGUAGAUUAAUAAUCAUUUUGUUUAGAAUUACAAAAUAGUUUUUAAAUAUCGUCUGAGAAAAGCCAAAGUUAAUGCAACCUAGUGGAAACUGUAAGACCAUUUGAGUAUUGUUUGUUUUAUUGAUGCAUUUGGAUUUUGUUGUUUGAUGGAAUUUGAGCCAAAAAAAAACAUACGCAGGCUUUCCUAUUUCUACAACUGAUUGUACUUACGCAUUUUGUACCAGUGGAACUUUUUAUACUGGAGAUUAAAAAAAAAAUGGAAAUUUUUGUGGCUUGCUCUGGUGGGCCCCUGACAAUGACUGAUUUCAAGUUUGAUUUCGGGUUGAUAGAAAGAAAGUUGCUUUUCUUUUGAGAAUUAAAAACUUUGGCUUGAUUUCUUUUUUCCCUUUGCUUAUACCUAGCAUUAGAAUUUUGUCUUAAAAUAACAGCGGUAAGUUUCACUUUUUAUUCUGUAUUGUGCAGUUACACAAUAAGGUAAUUAGAUUUAGAAGUACUCAGUCACUUUAAGUGGAUAAAUGUAUUAGUUAAAACUUUAGGGUUUGCUUUUUUGCUGUUUAGAUCAAGGUUUUUUCUGAUUCUUCUGUCCUCAUUGUGAACAUAACCGUGUAGUUGAAACAGUCAAACUUAUUUUUGUAAUGUAUGUUAUUGUGUGAUGCAGUUUUUUGCUUCUGUCUCCAAUAUUAAACCAUUUUCCUAAUACUUGUUUCUCUCUCUGCGUGUUGUAUUGUUGGUAGUCAUUAUGUGUUGGUGAUACAUCUGCACACCUCACUGUUUCACGUAUCUGUUUUUUUCUCUAUGUUGUGUAAAAAGAUACAGUCGAUUCCACUUAAGUGAAUAUCUGAUUUGGUAAAGAGGAAACUGCACACCAGCCACCUUUGAUUUAUGUACAACCGCCCACGUGAACUCCUGCUUCCAAGAUUUAUACACUUUUUUCCUACAGUUCACCUCAGUAACUGCCUUCGGGGUUGGAUUUGCCAAGGUGUUUUACGGUCUUUUGACCACACAGGUUAAUUUCCCCUUCUCUCCCCGCCCUCAUGAGUCUAUCCACACAGUUCUUAACAUACAUUCCAAACUGCUGCUGGGGUUUCCUCUCUACACCCACGAGGCCAAACCCACAUCAUUACAGUCCUACUCUUCUUAGACACUAAUCACCUUUCUAAAAGAGGUGAGUUCUCCAGGGAAGAAAAAUAAACUUAGCCGGUGAAAAGGGUUAAACUUAAGUCUAUUUGUUGCCAUCAGUCAAAAGAUAUGUAUAGAAAAGUCAUUUAAAUUAUUUAUUUCUACAAGCUAAUUGAAUCCAGGAGCAGCUUUAAUUAUUAACACUAACGGAAGAGAAAAGAAGUAUUUCCAAGGGCUCAAAUGGAAGCUGUCCUCAGUCCGGUGGAGGCAGGGGGAGGUAAAGUUUCUCACACUCAAGUCGUCUUCAUAGUUUACUGUCCUUUUCCAAACAAAAGCUAAUAAUGCCAUACACAUCCACACACUCCCUCCUGGAUGAACCUAAGUCUCGUCCCCACUGUCACCCCAAGGCCAGUUAUCAAAAACUGUUCCUUCUCUGCCCUCAAAGACUGAAGCCGCAGGCCCUGUUCUGCCUCUGCUCAGGAAUCUGAUUGCUCUUAAAGUGCUCUUACAAGAUUCCGUCGAUGUUUGCUCCCUCUGUCUUAUCUCUCCUUCCAGUAUUUUCAGAUGCACAAGCUCUGACUCAGGCCACCCAGCACCUGGCAGCCUUCCUCUGGGUGCCAGUGAAAUCUCUCCCAGUAGGUGCUCAGGCUCUUCACCCUCUCGUUGCAGCAGCCCCUCUGGCCCGAGAUUGUAUUUUCUAGUCUGCUCAACAACAGAGGGGCCUGGCGAGGUGGAGGAAGGGAGGCUCCCUCCCUGGGGCUGGCCGCCUCAGUGAUGGUGAUGCCACCAGCUCCAGCCUGCAUGGAUGGAGCUCACUUCCUGCCACCACUUCUGCUUUCAGUCUCCUCAUAGCCUUCGGCAGUCUCCUCUGAAAACACACUGCCUAUGUAGUGGGAAAGGAUGGCUAAGGGUGUGAAUUCUUUUUAUUAGGGAGGUGGGAGGGGAUGUUGGGAGGUAUGGGGGGUGAUUAAAUUAUUUCCAAGGUGCAAGUGUUUAUUUUUCAAAUCUAUAAGUACAUAGAUCCACCAUUUUGGCACAAGACAAAAUACUCAUGCUAAGCAAAGGAAGAGAAAGACAAAGCCAGUUUUUGUUGCUUUUCUAAAGCAACAAAUAAUUCUCCAAAGAAGGGGAUGAAAAUGCUAGUUCCUUUAAGCACUUAUGACUAUCAAGUUGGUCCCUGCUUAAAUUCAUACCCAUAGUUUUGAGUCGGUAUGACCCCGCUGCAGUGUGAGCAAGGUGAAUCCGUGUGCCAUGCAAGGACCACCUUGGGAUACGGCAGCACCAUCAACAUCCGCCUUGCUGAUGGAAGCCACACACGCUGCCCAGCCCACAGCAGUUGCACGCACCCGAUGGGCUCGGACUCUUAGCUGGCAGGCUAGGACACACAGUGAACAUAAAUGUACUGUGAAUCGUUCCUGAUAAGUGAAUAAAACAUUGUGACCAAACAAUCAGCUUAUUCACUUAUCAGGAAUCGACUGUUCUGCUAAUUUGCUGUUGUUGUUUUUCAUCUCUGUUGUAGUUCACUAUUUUUGCUGUGUUCUGUUCUCUCAUGCUUGGGCAAAUCACUGGGAAUAUUAUCUUCAUGUGACCAUGAAACGUUUCUAUUGAGUGAAAAUGAUAUCUUAACAAAAUCUAUGCACUUGCUAUCAGGAACACAAUACUGGAUGUGUCUUAUAUAUAUUGAACUAUAUAGUACUCGAUUUCUUAAAUAAAGCUUAAGAAAGGAC